AUGUCCGUGUCUGCAGGCAGGCCGAUCAAUGUGUGGCUUCUUUACAUUCUUGCCUUCCUCUUGCCUUUCAGCGAUGCGGCUCAGCAGCAGCCUUUGCGGACAAGUACAGCUCCCAAACGGGUGGCCGUCAUCGGAGCCGGAGCAGGAGGCUCGUUUGCAGCAUUUGAACUACGCAAAUUAGCAGACAAGGCAGACAUCCCUGUCGACAUCACUGUAUUCGAGCGGGCCUCAUAUGUAGGCGGACGCUCGACAACAGUCAACGUGUUCGAUCACCCAGCAUACCCAAUAGAAUUGGGAGCUUCAAUCUUCGUCGAGGUCAAUCACAACCUGGUGAAUGCGUCGCGUGAUCUCGGUCUUCACGUCCGCAGUGCAGAUCACGGGCGACCUCAGGAAACCGAUGACUCCAUUGGUAUCUGGAACGGAAAGGAGUUUGUCUUUACUCUAAAGAAUAGCUCCAGCUGGUGGAAUAUUGGUCGUCUUUUCUGGAGAUAUGGAAUGGCUCCACUGCGUGCUCAAAAUCUGAUGAAGAGCAUCGUUGGCAAGUUCCUGCGUUUGUAUGAAGAGCCAAUUUUUCCAUUUCGCUCACUUUCCGAGGCUACAUUGGCAUUGGGUUUGAUCAAUGCUACUUCUUCCUCUGGGAGUGCAUUCCUCGGUGCGAAUCAGGUGUCUGAACUCUUUUCCCGAGAAAUUAUUCAAGCAAGCACGCGGGUGAACUAUGGUCAAAACUUAGGAUUGAUUCAUGGCUUGGAAUCUAUGGUUUGCUUGGCUACGGAUGGCGCGGUUUCGAUUGAUGGUGGGAACUGGUUGAUAUUUGCUGGUGUUCUCAACGCCUCUGGGGCCGAUGUGAGGUUGAAUACCACCGUGACCGCGGUGACAAGGGACGGCGAUGGCACAGUGCGCAUUAAUUCACACCAGAGUGGCGACGUUGACUCGGAGCAUUCUUCAUCAGAGGAUGAGUUUGAUGAAGUCAUCGUUGCUGGUCCUUUGCAGUACUCUGGAAUAUCUGUCUCUCCGCCCUUAGAGCACAUCCCGGAUGACAUUCCAUACGUGAAACUGCACGUCACCCUUCUCUCUUCUCCCCACCGCAUUUCGCCACAUUAUUUCGGCCUCACCAGCCAGGGUGCCCGAGCUCCAGAGACCAUUCUGACCACCCUUCCCGAGGGUCUUGAUCUCGGGUCGAAUCCAAAGGGCGUUGGACCCGCUGAGUUUUGGAGUAUUAGCACCCUCCGCACAGUGGACCGACUCGUCAUGAAAGACGGGAAGGAGAAGAUGGAGCAACACUACGUGUACAAAAUCUUCUCACCAGAACGGCCAACAGCUGAGUUCGUGGCCCAAAUCUUUGAUAUUGAAUAUACCAAUGGCGACGGGUCCGUGACAGUCGCCGAGGGCAACACUACCAUUGGAGACUUAUCCAAGAACGAUAUUAGCUGGUUCCAUGAGAGGCUCUGGCACCCAUACCCCCUCCUGUAUCCACGGGUGACUUUUGAGGAGAUACUCCUGGCACCGGGUAUUUGGUACACCAGCGGGAUUGAAAGCUUCAUCUCGACCAUGGAGACCAGUGCCUUGAUGGGCCGAAAUGUGGCAGCGCUUAUGGUUCAGUCGUGGGAGCAGAGUGAGUCGAAAGAGAGUGCAUCUUGGGACGCGAAAACUGAACUUUAG